UUAAAGUGAUUAAGUUUGUUUUGAGUAAAGUGAAACCAAGUGCGGUUGAACCUUUUCUUACAUAAAUCAGAAGGCAGCAGUAGCGGAAGGAAAAUUCUUAAAAGAAUUCUUUGCAAUUUGAGGUUAGGAAGCAUGAAGAAUUUUAAAGAUUUGACAACUGAUGAAAUGACUGCCGAGUUGCAGAAGAUGAUUGAUCCUAAAGUAGCUGCAAUUUUGAAAGAUUUAAAAUCCACUACUUGAAAUGGGUCGGACCAGGAGGAAACGGCGACACAGGAAGGUACCGCCUUUUCAGAAACAGCAUACGCAGAGUACCGCGGCUUCAGACGCUCUAAAGCUGUGGUUGCUUGAUCAGAAUUGGGUGCCAACAUUGGAUUUGGAGCCUCACAUCUUCCCGGAAACCGGUCGUGGUUUAAUGGCAUUAAAAGACAUUGCAGUUAAAGAUGUUCUAUUAGAAUUACCAAAACGAUUGCUCAUUACGACAUUAACAGUCUCAGAGAGCUAUAUUAGUCGAAUCUUUCUAUCAGAUAAAAUUUACGAUGCCCAAUGCGUACUCGCAACCUUUCUUCUUUACGAAAAACAUUUGAAAGAAGCUUCCAACUGGAAACCCUAUCUUGAUUCUUUACCUGUAUCUUAUUCUAAUCCAGAAUUCUGUUCUAAAACUGAAAAAACAAUUUUGCCUGAAUUUGUAACAAGCCAGUUAAGCCUACUUUCAAGAAAGUGUAAAGUUAGUUAUCUUUCGCUAAUGGAAACACUAACAAUUUUAAGGAGUCGUGAAUUUGUUUGCCCUCAUUGUACCUUAAGUUUUGAUAAAAUAAUAACAUUCAGUGACUUCACGUGGGGAUAUUAUACUGUCAAUACGAGAGCUGUUUAUCUAGAUGGCACAGAGAAUAUAAGAAUUAAUAUAAAAGGCGAUAAUCUAGCUCUUGCACCUUUUCUGGAUCUUUUUAAUCAUACUUGUAGAACUGUUGCUGUGGCUGCUUUGAUUAAGAAAAAGGAAUCCGAAUUUUAUCAAAUCAAAUCUCUGACAUCUUACAAGCGAGGCUCCCAAGUUUUUAUCAAUUAUGGAGCGCAUAAUAAUCUUGAACUGUACAUGGAAUAUGGUUUUGUAAUCCCUCAAAAUCCGCUAGAUGAGAUUAAAUUUGAUCUCUCAGACAUAAAAAAGUGUAUCAACAUUUCACGGACUGUGUACAAUUUUCUCAGGGUACAUAAUUUGGAUGAUAAUAUGUCCUUCAGUUCGCAAGGAUUAAAUUACUCUGCUAAAAAUGUACUUUUUAUUUGUACUACAUCAGUGCAGAAAAAUCAGUGGAUGCAAAAGAUGUUUAGAGACAAUCUCGAUUCAGAGGAUCUAUCUAGAGUCAAUUCUUUAGGAUUAAAGAUACUUCAAAUGAAAAAAAGUCAAUUAAAGCAGGAUCUUCAAAAAAUGAAAAGGUGUAGGUAUAAAAGUGGUAGUUUUCUAUCUGCUGUGCAACUUUUGGAAGAGUUUAUACAAGUUUUAGAAAGCUGCUUAAAGAUAAUAUGUGAAUAACUACUUUUAGUAAAUUGUCUGAAAUUUAAGUUAUGAUCCGUAUUUCAACGGUUUACAGCAAAUCUUCUGUAACUUUUGGCAAAUAUAAAUGUAAUUCGUUGAACAAUAAGUCUAUGUAUCGUAUCUUUAUAAGAAUCGUCGGUAAGAAUGAUUAAAUUUACUUUUAACGUAAUAUAAAACUGGACUCCGGCCCAAGCCAUAUCUCCAUGGCUUCUUCGCUCCAACACUUCCCCGGGGGAAGAAUAGCUUGUGAAUUCGGGGGUCUUUAUAACUGUGUUAUACGUGUAUUUACAGAUAGCACAUUAUUUAACUUUUUCACAUCUAGAAAUAUUUGUUACAUAAUAGAUGCGUAUCACUAUGGUUAAUAUUUUUUGUCUUCAUUUCUUUUGAAUCAAUAUUUUCUAAAUGCCAGAAAUUUCCAGAAAGUUGAGCUUUUUGGCUCUUUACAAAUGCAAAAAUUAUUUUUAAAAAAGCAACCCCUAUCUUCAAAAAACUACUCUUAGAAUAAAAUAUUUACUUACAAUAAAUGUAAGCAUAUCAGAUUUGAUGUUUUUUGGGCUCUUAUUGGAAACCAAUACCGACUUUUGGGCUCUUUUAUUUUUUUCAACAAAAAUAACGGAAGUUUGUGCUGGCGAAGCUGCCCGCCAGCACCUUCACUACAGAAAAUUUGAAACAUAAAAAAAAAUCAACAGCGCCAAAAUAUUGUGCUAUUUUUGGACUCCCAAAAACACCCAUAAAUCAUUUCCAAAAAUCAACCCUAACCCUUAAAAAAUUCUAAAGAAACAGGUAUGGAAUAAGUACGAGAAAAAAUACACCGUAGAUCUGAGCUAGUUUUGAGCUAACUAGAAAUAACAAAUUAUAUUGUCCAAAAAAACCCAUAAGACAAACAGCUACCCCUAACUAAAAAUGUAGUUAUUAAACAAACCCUUGAGGAACUUGAAACUAUACCCACUUUGCUACAGUAGUAAUAAAAAAAACAAAUAAAAAACACCCUUGACACGUUUGACCAAAUCCUGUUCAGCUGCCUUCAACUAAAAAAUCCGUAAUGAUUCCAAGUAAAAAUAGUUACAGCAAAGAGUUUUCCAAAAAUCUUUUUCAUAUCCUCAUCUCUAAAGUAAAAUUAAACAACACUUGAGAACUAUUCCUAUCACAUUUAAAGAACCAAGCAUCACCCUCCACCACAUAAAACCUAAAAAAA